GAAUCACAAUGGUGACGUCACCGCGAGUCAGCCGUUAGCCGUUGGAGAAGAAGCCGGGUAGUCGGACAUCAUGUGUAAAGAUGAAGCUCACCGUGCCGCUUCCACUCCUGAUCCUGCUCGCUGUCGCAGACCUGAGCCGAGCCCAGGUCAAGACCUCUAUCCUGGAUUUGACCAACAGCAUUGGGAACAUCCUUCCCAGUCUGAGCCGACCGGCAAACCACAGCCGCAUCUUCUACGCGGUGAUGUUUGAUGCAGGGAGCACGGGGACGCGCAUCCAUGUCUACACCUUCAUCCACAGUGACUCAGAGGAGCUGCCUGUUUUGGACAAUGAGAUGUUCCAUUCCAUAAAGCCUGGUUUGUCAGCAUAUGCUGACUCCCCUGAAAUGGCUGCACACACAGUGAGGAUGUUGCUGAAGGUGGCCAAGAAGACCGUGCCUCGUCUGGAGUGGAAGAGGACUCCGCUGAUCCUCAGAGCCACGGCUGGAUUUCGGCUGCUGCCUGUAGAGAAAGCUCAGACUCUUCUGGAGCAGGUUCAACAUGUGUUUGAUGAAUCUCCUUUUUUGGUCUCAGACAACAGCGUCAGCAUAAUGAACGGCACGAACGAAGGAAUCCUGGCUUGGAUAUCUGUGAACUAUCUGACAGGUCACCUGAAUGCACUUACCAAGAAGACGGUGGGAAUCUUGGAUCUGGGGGGAGGAUCCACGCAGAUCACUUUCCUGCCAAAAACAAGGAAAACCAUCGAAAGUGUUCCUGUUGAUGAUUAUGUUGCCAGAUUUGACAUCUCCAACACAACGUUUGAACUCUACACUUACAGUUACCUCGGACAUGGACUGAUGGCAGCGCGACUGGCCACGCUGGGAGCUCUGGGUGCAGAAGGGUUGGAGUGGCGGGUUUUUAAAAGUUCCUGCCUGCCAAAGAAGUUCAGGGAUGAAUGGAGAUUUGGAGGGCAGACCUAUCAAGUGAGCGGGGACCCAGAUGGUUAUGCAGGAUACAAGCUUUGUUAUCAGGAAGUACUUAAGGUGGUGAAGGGGAUUAUUCAUCAGCCGUACGAGCUCCAAGACAACAAUGUAUUCUAUGCAUUCUCCUAUUACUUUGACAGAGCUGUGGAUGCAGGCCUUAUCGAUGGGGUCCAAGGAGGGAUGCUGGAGGUCAGAGACUUCAAGAAGAGAGCUAAAGAGGUGUGCAAUAAGAUGACCAAGUACCCCCCUGUCAGUUCUUUCCUGUGCAUGGACAUGACCUACAUCACCUGUCUGCUCAAGGAUGGGUUUGGCUUCAAAGAUGGCACUGUGCUGCAGUUGACCAAGAAAGUGAACAACGUGGAGGCAAGCUGGGCUUUGGGCGCCACGUUGGACCACUUCCACAACCUGAAGAUCCACUGAGGAGAAGGGAGGAACAAACACUGCUGAUUUUAGGUGGUGCUCAAUAACAAACACG